GCCAGCGGCAGCGACGCCUGCCCGGACAAGUGCCCGGACAAGUACGAGCCCGUUAGGGACGAUACGGGUGUCGAGCACACGAACGAGUGCCGCAUGCGCAUGGCCCAGUGCCUCACGAACGACGCGUCAACAAGGGCGGCGCUGCCACCAAGGGCAAGACCCCCAUCUACGAGGACGACUCGGAGUCCGGCAGCGACGACGACGUCCUGCGGCAGCGACGCCUGCCCGGACAAGUGCCCGGAAAUAUACAAGCCCGUUAAGGACGAUACGGGUGUCGAGCACGUGAACGAGUGCGCCAUGCGCAUGGCCCAGUGC